CUGACAGAGUGGGACCUCAUUGUUUCUACCCCCUCUUUGCUGCACACUACACCAUCCAAAACACCGAUCCGAUUAUUUUUAGACUACACCAUACAGUCUAUGGGCCACACGGACUUAGUCCUACAAUAGCUACAAUACAGGCCAAAAUAACCCAAGCCCUCUAAACUAAACGAUUGAGGACACGUCGUUUAGUCAUGGCAGCAACAAUGUUAUUCAGAUUCGGUGUCAUCCUCACUCCGGAGUCCUCGGAUGUAGACGUCUUUGUUUUGGGUUCGCGUGCGGAAAUGGGCCAGUGGGACCCGUGCGCCGCGGUUCAGAUGAAAGCCUCACAGAAGCUCCAGUCACCGCAUGAACCGUGUCUGUGGAUCGGCGACGUGCAGCUGGCAGAGCCCUUCAAAGACACUCUGUGGUUCAAGUUCGUCAAAAAAGUCAGAGGCUCUUAUAUCUGGGAAGGUAGUGGCUCAAGCCACGACAGAUGCUGUUCAUAUGAUGAGAGGAACAUAGUGGAUGGAGUGUACUGCCACCCGAUUGGUCAUUGGAUAGAGGAAACAGGACACACGGAUGAGAUGAAACACACCACCAACUUUUACUUCAGUGUGGCAGGUCAGAAGGCCAUCCAUUUCUCCAGGGUGCUGCCACGUGUUUGGCUGGGCAGCUGCCCUCGACAGGUGGAACAUGUGACUAUAAAGAUGAAGCAUGAAUUGGGCAUUACUGCAGUGAUGAACUUCCAGACAGAGUGGGAUGUGGUGAACAACUCCAAUGGCUGCAGGCGCAACACUGGGGAAGCCAUGACACCAGAGACCAUGAUGCAUUUGUACAAAGACUGUGGCCUGGUGUAUGUGUGGAUACCCACACCUGACAUGAGCACUGAGGGUCGGAUCAGGAUGCUUCCCCAGGCUGUAUUCUUGCUUCAUGGUCUGUUGGAGAAUGGUCACAGUGUCUAUGUUCACUGUAAUGCUGGAGUAGGCAGGUCGACCGCAGCUGUGUGUGGCCUGCUCAUGUACGUCCUCGGCUGGAGCCUGAGGAAGGUGCAGUACUUUGUUGCAGCAAGGAGGCCGGCGGUGUACAUAGAUGAGGAGGCUUUAGUCCAGGCUCAGGAAGACUUCAUUCAGAAGUUUGGACAACUGCAAUCAUCCAUCUCUUACCCAGAGACAUGAGAGUUGAGUGUCCUUACACUGAAGUCUUUGCAAAGCUCCUCUGGACUUGACUUUCUGAAACAAAAAUGAUUCCUGACAUGAAAGGUGCCAGAAGGUGUGAAAUACCCUAUAGCAAGAAAAUUUAUUUCUUACUACUUAAAUCUAAUGUAUGUAAAUGACUCACUUCAGCUGAGUGGCUUUCGAAAUCUGGUUGAUCCUCAUGAGUUCUCCUGGCUGCCAGCAUAGAUGUUGCAAGCAAUUAAUCUUACUGUGAUGUGUUAGCUUUUAACUUCCGGACUUACUCUCUGCCAUUUAGCACAUCAAGCUGCAAAUUGUGCAUCUAAGACACUGUUAGUAUUUUUCAGUGAAUCCAGUAUGUCCACUGGGGUGUUUGGAAAGACCUUUUCUUUUUAGCCUUUUUCAUAAUAAUCCAUCAGUAGAAUUGACAUUUUGAGAAGGCAACAUUUAGCAAAAACAAAAGAAACAAAAACAAAUAUGCAUAUUUAAUAUAGUGAUAUUUGUUUGUAACCUCUCUAUACUCUGAGGGAAGCAAGGUUCCACUGUUAUGAUUGUACUUCAAUUUUAUUUCAGAAGUGAAACCUACCUAUUUUUUCAGAAGGAGGUCUUAAUGCUGUAUGAUAAUGGAAUUCCUUGCCAAAGCAACAAAUCAAUUCCUUAAACGAAAAUAAUGAGAAUGCCCCUCCCUCUCUGUCUGAGAGUUAUUCAGCUCCCAGACAUUGAAGAAUACAGCUCCGCCCCAUCUCUCUCAGAGAGCCUUAUAGCAUUUCAUCUUUAUUUAUUUAUCUGACAGAUGCUACUCCGACCCAUCUCCUAAAUAACAAAAACAUGCCUGACAGACCGUUUUAAUGCAUACAUAAUACAACAUUAUUGGAAUACUGUUUGUUGUCAAUUAUGAACUCCUGCCUAGACUCCUAUUCAGGAUAUAUUGCUUUUCUUAUGAUUCAGUGUUUUUGUUACCUCUCCCCAAUUUAAGAAAGUCAGUGGAUUAGAAUGGAGGAAAGAUUUUUCGUAUUCCGUAUUACUUUUCACUGAGUCGCUUCAGAAAACAGCACCUUAUGAGGGUGUCACUGGGGGUGGGUGGGUAGACUGAACCAUGCAUGUGUGCUAGCUGAAGCGAAUCAUCAUGGAUUUCCAACCUUAAAUUAAAAAAAAUAUAUAUAUGUGGGGGAAAACUUGUGAAAUAUAUUCACAAAAAACUGAAUAUGAAAUCAGGAAAAUGCUUUUCUUUUUUUGAAGAAGAGUGUGUACCAGUUUAAGGAAAAUUAUGUCUGUGUAUAUAGUACUGUAUGUGCGUGGGUGCUGUGGUUGUCACUUAAUGGAUGCCAGUGUAAUUGGUAAACAUGUUGCAUUUAUUAUACUGGGUUAAUUUCACUGAAUAAUGUUACAAAGGCAAAAUGUAAUGUGUCUAUUGUUUAGGCAUAAAAUGUCCCUGCAAGCCAUCAGCUUGCAUUUAUUCCCUCUGUUCCUUCUUUUUUCACUCUGCGGAUCUAAAGCAUCAUAGACCCUUUCUUUCAGUUUGCUUCUGCAGUACACCUUGUCUUUUAUCCCUUAAUGGAUCCAUCAACUGAGACAGACCGGGGGUUUUUUUCUCUCCUGUGAAAUGAAUAAAACAAUAAUGAAAGGACCAACCCUUAAAGGUGUAAAUCACACCAUCUGAGCAGAGGGGGUUUGGUGAUAAUGCGUUUGUAUUUGAAUAUAUCCAGUGUCCUGUCAUUCUAGCCCAACAGUGAAGAUUAUACUUUAACAAAGACAUUCUUAGUACAGUCCUCAGUAUGCAUGUCCUGUAUAUAAAGUGCGUUGCUUAUA